GCACCCUGACAAAAACAAGGACCCGGGAGCAGAAGACAAAUUCAUCCAGAUUAGCAAGGCCUACGAGAUUCUCUCCAAUGAGGAAAAGAGGGCACACUUUGAUCGCUACGGAGAUGCCGGGGAAAGCCAGGGCUACUCUCAGCACCAGCAUCGCCAGUUCCACCACUUCCACGAAGGCUUCUAUUUUGACGAGUCCUUCUUCCAUUUCCCCUUUAAUUCCGAGAGGCGCGACACCUCCGACGAGAAGUAUUUGCUCCAUUUUUCCCAUUAUAUCAACGAAAUCGUGCCGGACAGUUUCAAGAAACCUUACCUCAUUAAAAUAACCUCAGACUGGUGUUUCAGCUGCAUCCACAUCGAGCCCGUGUGGAAGGAAGUCGCUCAGGAAUUGGAGGCGCUGGGAGUGGGAAUCGGAGUUGUCCACGCCGGGUACGAAAGGCGCCUCGCCCAUCACCUAGGUGCGCACAGCACACCGUCCCUACUAGGGCUCAUUAACGGGAAAAUAACCUUCUUCCACAACGCUGUCGUUCGAGAAAACCUGCGGCAAUUCGUGGAGAACCUUCUGCCGGGGAAUCUCGUGGAAAAGAUUACAGAUAAAAACUACAUCCGCUUUCUCUCCAACUGGAAGAAAGAAAACAAGCCCCACGUCCUUCUAUUUGAUCAUAUGCCAGCAGUGCCGUUAUUAUACAAGCUGACUGCCUUUGCAUACCGAGAUUACUUGUCCUUCGGCUACGUGUACGUCGGACUCCGAGGCGCUGAAGAGCUGUCCAGUCAGUACAACAUCAACAUCUACACUCCCACCAUGAUGAUCUUCAAGGAGCACAUCGACAGGCCCGCUGACGUUGUGCAGGCACGAGAGAUGAAGAAGCAGCUCAUUGACGACUUCCUUUCCCAGAAUAAGUUCCUCAUGGUGGCCAGACUCACCAGCCAGAGGCUGUUCCAGGAGCUGUGUCCCGUGAAGAAGUCUCACCGUCAGCGAAAGCACUGUGUGGUCUUACUUACCGGAGAAGGCGAUAACUUUGCCGAAGCUUAUGAGGCAUUUUUGACUUUUGCCGUGGCCAACACAAAAGACACGCUGAAGUUUGUGCACAUCUAUAACGACCGGCAGCCGGAAUUUGCGGACGCCUUGCUGAUGGAUGAGGAGAAGUAUCGGGGAAAAUCAGCUGUGGUCAUUUUGGAGAGACGCAAUAACGCGGGGAAGAUCGGCUAUAGAACCCUGGAGGAGGUCUGGCAAGGCAGCAAAGAGGACAACUUCAUCCUCCUGGAUCUCCUGGAGCAGCUGAGGACAGACCCCGGCCUUCUCUCUUCAGAGACUGUCCUGGCAGACUUGAACGACGAACUCGCUCCCAUGUUCCUGAUCCGAUGGCUCUACUCCAUGCUGGACUAUAUCUCGGACUGCUGGGACAGCUUGUUUCAUAGUAACUGGCGAGAAAUGAUGCCGCUGCUGUCCCUGCUCUUCUCUGCGCUCUUCAUUCUCUUUGGCACCGUUAUUGUUCAGGCUUUCAGCGAUUCGAGCGAUACAAGGGACUCUCCUCCCUCUGAGAAAGAAGAAACCGCUAAGAACGAUGCGAGCUUCAGCAAAGAGAGUAACAG